AGUCGCGCGGAGCUUCUCGAGAACGCAUCAUUCGGGGACGACGGCCUCGCUCUACUCUCACGUCGUCUGCUCCCUCCGUUUAUUUGUAUCUAUUGUUUGGCCGCGCGCGCCAGGUGCAUUCGAUAUGUCAUUCGACGGCGGAUAAGAUAAAGGUUUGCGCGCGAGGCGGAGUGACAGAAGCGAGAGAGAGAGAGAGAAAUGUUGCUGUACACUCUGAUCGGCGGCUACAUGCUCACCUCGGUGAUACUCUUCAAGUAUCCCACCCUACUGCACAAGAAGAAGAGGGUGAAGUUUCUGUGCCAGCAUAUCAGUCAUCGGGGCGGAGCGGGCGAGAGCUAUGAGAACACGAUGUGCGCAUUUAGACGAGCAGUGGCUAUUGGAACUCAAAUGUUGGAAUUAGAUUGUCAUCUUACAAGAGAUGGCGAAGUAAUAGUCUCUCACGAUCAGAAUCUUUUACGUAGCACUGGUGUAGAUAAAAAUAUCUCUGAAUUGGAUUACAAAGAUUUGCCACUCUUAAAGCAACGUUUACCAAUUGAUUUUGAGCCAGAUGUGGAGUAUGUGGGGUCUGCAAGGGAAGAAGAUCGACGAUUUGCCUUGUUACGAGAAGUCUUUGAGGCAUUUCCCACCAUCCCUAUUAAUAUCGAUAUUAAAAUCAAUGAUGAUCGGCUUAUAUCAAAAGUUUCUGAUCUUAUAAAACAAUACAAUAGAGAAGAAUAUACAGUUUGGGGAAACUUUAGUGAUGAGGUCACACAGAAAUGCUAUAAAAUGAAUCCAAAUGUAAAUUUAUUAUUUUCAAUGCAACGUGUGACAAUGUUGAUAUUCCUCAUGUAUACUGGUUUGCUGCCGUUUGUACCACUAAAAGAAACACAUCUUGAAAUUUUCUUACCUUCGAUCUAUUUGAGACGCAAAGGCGGUCCAAGUCCGACAUUUUUACCACUGGAAAAAUUUGUAGUACGUACAAUUAAUGUGCUAUUAAUGAGGCCGUGCUUAUUUAAUCAUCUAAGAGCACGAGGCAUACAUGUUUACUUUUGGGUAUUGAACAAAGAGGAGGAAUUCAAAAAAGCAUUUGAGUUAGGAGCAACUGGUGUUAUGACAGAUUAUCCAACAAAAUUAAAAUUAUUUUUAAAAAACCAUACAACAGAAUGAAGUGCAUGGUUACAUACAUUUUUAAAGAUUAUACAUCAGAUAACACAAACUGUUGAGGAAAUUCGUAAAGUUAUUUAUGUCUAUAAAGAGAUAUCCGCCACAUAAUGUGUGUGAAGAUAUAUGUAUAAGCUAUUAUACGGAAAGGACAAAGUAGUAUAUUUUUUAUAAGCAAAGCAGAACUAUUUGCUUAUGUUCUGUGUAUAAAUGCCAACUUGAACAAAUUUUGCCAGAAUUGCGACAGUCCGUACAAAUCGAUUCAUUAGUGAAAUUACAUAUACAAUAUAUUGCACACGCACUGUAGUUUACUCUAUUACUGUUACAUCAAUCAUGCAAGCGUCCAUUCACGGAAUAAGAUUGCUCUGGCCUCGCAAGUCUUUAUUUUACUAUCUUUUCUCAUUCACUUUUAUUUAUAAGGCAUAAUGAGGCUUUUUUUAAAAUUAAAUUAUGAUUAAUUUAGCCUAAACUAGUAUAUUGAUUAUCACUAUUGAUCAAUUAUUUUGCGCACAAUGAGUAGUCGAAUAACAGUCUGCGACUGUUAAUUAAAUUAAUAAUUUAAUUUUAAUUUUUAAUAGUAUGUAGUACGGUCGUAUAUACGCAUUUCUAUCUAAUUUGUCAGUGAAAUCUAUUUAUCAGUGGUCUCAGAUCGUAUAUUGGAAUAUCCUUAUUUAUGGGAUAAGCAUGCUUUGUCUCCUCAUAAUCUGACAAGUUAAUAUUUUGUAAUCUGAUGAAAGAACUUAUUUAUUAAAACUUUUUACGAUAUCUCCUCUUUCAUAUUUAUAAAAUUAUUGUGAGGAAACAAUAUCGCACGUCCUAAGAAAGUCUGCGUCCACGCGUGCGUGCGUGCAUAUCCCGAUUAUUAGUACAAAAUAUCUAUUGAUCUGAUAAAUAUCUAUUGAUUAUUAUAUAUCUCUCUGGGGCCAGUGUUAGCUUAGCCCAGCAUUCAGAGGCUUGACAAAACAAAUAGUCUGAUCUAUGGUGCAUUUGUUAAAUAAUUUUUAACAUUUUCAUGAAAAAAAAACUUAUGUGUGAGAAGAAAAGAAAAAUCGAGCUAUGCUGAUCGUGAUAUGUCCUUAAUGUAUAUGGGUGUGAUAUAAGGAAUUUCCUUUUCGUAAAAUGAAUGUGAUAAAAAGUAGUAUCAGUCUCAUAUUAUUGAGAAAUUGAAAUUGCCCUAUCAUAUAUGACUAGAGUCCUAUUAAAUAAAAAAUAAAUUUAUGUACACUUGCAAAUUCUGUAUUUGAUGAAUAUGAUGGUAUAUUUGAUAGUUACAGUAUGAUACCAGUAUUAUAACUUUCUACAAGUCGGUGUAUGUGGGACAUAUUUCAGGAUUUUAUCAGGAUUUUCUGUGAAUUAAUCUAUUCCUGAAACAUGUCCUGUCUACAAAGCUGCAUCAUGUGUUUGCAUACAGGGCAUUUUACAGCUAAUAUAAUUGAUAUAAUUGUCUAUAUGGAUAUCUAUAUGUUGGAUAUUGUACUUUUCUAAUCCUUUAAAUGUAGGAAGAAUAUACACAUUAAAAAUA